GUCGCUGGUGUCUCCCCUGUUGGAGUGGCAUGAGUCACAACAACAGACACAAGCGAAAGCGUACUGUGAGCUAUGUCUCCUGAGGGUGAGCCCCAAAGUCCCUCCCUUGGAUCCAGCUCCACCAAGGAGGAUCUGGCUCUCAAUUGCUGUGACCUAGAAAGCAGUCGUCAUCUACAAGGGGAGAAUUGGAUAUGUAACAGUCUUCAGAUGAGAGCUAAGAUCAAUCGCACUGAAGACCUCACCGAUGGGAGGACCUCUUUACUGAAGCUACUUCUUGAUGCUGAAGCUGCUGGCAACUUUGCGGCGAUACAACUUGCGUCUUUCAAAGAUGCAAUUGAAGAUGAAUUUGCUGGUUUAGGAGAGUCUCCCAAAAACAAGCACCAAAUCGUACGACGGAGAGGACUUUUGCUCGAAAAGCUGGAAGAUUUUAGACGGAUAAACAAAUCUGUGCGGCAGAAGCUAAAAGAAGUUCAGGAUGCAGAGGUUAAUCGAAUUGACUCAAACAAACAGAUAGACCUCCUGCAGCACAAGCUCACACAGACAGAAAGUGAAAACGAGCGUUUAAAAAAAGAUCUGAGUGAGACCGAACUGAGGAUCGAGGAACUGAUGAAGAUGAGGAGAGAAGAGCAGGAGAACAUUAAAAGUGCCGUUCACAUGACCAAGUGUGCAGAAUCAACUCGCACUCGCCUGCAGGGGCAGCUGCGUAAGAAGGAGGCGGAGAACAAUCGGCUGACUGUUCAGUUACAGGUCCUGAAACGAACUGUAACGCGGCAGGAGCUGAAGACGGACGAACUGAAAGCAUCCAUCGCCUCUCUGACCAAGAAAGCAGCGCAGGACAAGGAGUCGCUAAAGAAAGCCACCCGAGCUCAGAAACUGCGCGCUGAGAGGUUUGAAGCUGCCGCUGAAGAAUGCUACGCACAGCUGAAAGAAAAAGAAGCUCAGCUGACUAAAGCUCAUUCAGAGAGAAACUCCAGGAAGCGGCAGAAGGAGCAGGUGGAGGAGGAGAGAGAAAAACUCACAGCUCAGAUUGACUUACUGAAAAGUCAAGCUGCAGACUUGACAGUGAAGCUGCAAAAAAAGAAGGAUGAACAAACUGCAGCAAACGAAACGAGGAUAAAGAAGAUUGAAAAACUCAUCAGUCACAAUGGAGACCUCACUGUCCGUAACACUGUACUCACAGCGUCUGUGGCUCGACUGGAGCAGCAGCUCUCAGCUUGCGAGUCUGCUCUUACUGAAGAGAAAACCAUCUCGCAGGAGAAGAAACGUGAAGCUGAACAGUGCCAACGUCAGGUUGCAGAACUUCAAGUUGAGAUUGACGGCCUCAGAAUAAAAUAUGCAAAUCUCUUAAGAGAAACCGAAAAGACACGAGAAGGAAGGUCGACAGAGGUGGAGGCGACGGAGAGUCAAACUAAACAGCUGAGAUCAUCUGUGGAGAUGAACGAGUCCAUUCGUGAAGCUAACACACAGCGACACAGCAACGUGAAGUCGCUUCAAAAGCAAAGGGACGAGUUGCAGCAGGAGAACCUGGAGCUCGUCCGGAAGCUGGCCGCUCAGGAGGAAGCUCUGACCUACAGCAAGCAGCAGCUGGACCAGCGCUCGGCAGAGUGUCAGGCCCUGAGCCGGCAGCUGGAGGCGGCUCUGGCGGACGUCAGAGAGCAGGUCAAAAUAGUUAAAUUUCAAGCUGCUUCCAGAGAAGAAAACUUGCAGACGAAAAUUUUGGAGCUGGAAGCCGAGAAGAGAAAACGUGAGAACGAGCUGAGGCUUCUUCGUCAGAACAAAGUAACUGCAGAAAAAACAUUUGAGGUGCGUCUGAAGGACCUGCAGCUCAGCCUGGAACAAUCGGAGAGCCACAAUCGAAGCAUUCGGAACUAUGUCGAUUUCCUGAAAAACUCUUACAAAACAAUGUUUGAUUAAAGGGCUGCAGAUGUCAACUUUUGGAUCAUCGUGUUUUCUAAAAUGACAAAAGUUUGCAUUUAAUAACUGUUGUAGUGCUUCUCCUGUGAUAUUUAUUUGACCAAUUUAAAUUUUAAUAGUGGAAAGAUUUUUUUUUAUUGUGUUUCAGAAAACUGAAAACUGUCUUGUAUAUAUAUUUUUUAUCGUGUUUUAAUGGUAACUUUUGCUUUUCCUUACAGGGAGUAUCCAUGUUGUCUGACCAGGGUUUGAUAACUGUUUUAGAUCAGAUCUAAAAUUGUGCUUUGUGUCAUUUUUUAAACAUAUUCAAGCAUCUUGGUGCUACAUUUAUCCACUUGACAAUGAGCUGGCUAAACCUCAUAGUAUGCUGCAAAAAUAUUUUUCCUUUUUAAACGUAUUAAAAAAAACAGAAACUUACACAAAUCCUUACAUACUAAGUUUUUUGUUCGUACCAGCCUCGUUAAAUGGUGGAUGAAUGGAUCUAACCGUCAUUUGGUGCUUUUAAAUCAACAUCUUCCAGAGUUGUAACACUCAGAAAAUGAUCAUUUUAUUGUUGUGCGUUUGAUGCUGAUGUUGAGUGUGUUUUUAUGGUGAUUGUAUGGGUGAUGUGUAUUUCUUGAUUUUUAAUGUUCUGUUUACAGUUGGAAUGAAGUGAAUCAGACUAUUAAAAAAAACUUGUGCCUUUACAAUCAGGUCAAA